AUGAUCGACACGGCCGUUCGGCCGGUCCGAUGGUCUGCGUUUGGGAAUAACAGCGCUUCUCCAACGACAAUCGAAGUUGUUUCGGCUGACCGAUUGCCGUUGAGCUUCAGCAAACCGUCUGGAGAAAUGUUGAAUCGAGAUGAUCAACCCGAUUUCUCAUCAGCGGUUCUUGCUGGUCUCGUCGCUCUAUUGGUUCUUUUGGCGGCAGUCGUUUGGAUAGCUUUUUGUCUCGCAUUGCACAGAACAGCCAAAAGAAUAUCGGAGAUUAAACGGCAACGACGAAGACAGGUAUUGAUAGCAAAUGCUAUCCACCAUGCUCUUGCCGACAAUCGUUUUGCUGGGAAUCAAGCUGCCAUGCCAGCCUAUUUAGCUUCUUUGUCACCGACAAUGACCCAACAGUUAGCCGCAGAUCUGGAGCUCCGAGAUCUGCCGAGCUACGAGCAAGCCGUGAGAAUGGGAUCUUCCCCGGUCUCACCCGUUCCCGAGCCUUCCUCAAUCGCUCCGUCUCGCCGCGGCUCAGCGACAACGCCGAUUCAACCUCCACCGUACACAGAAGAUCCACCAAUUCAAGCGAGAAUAACCAGACAUUCUCGAUCAAUUCCCACCAUUUCGGGAAUUGUCGACGAGACACAAGAGUCAAAUGUU